AUGGUCGGCAUUGGCCAGGCAGCAAUUGGGCUGCUGCUCGCGAGAGUAGCAGCAGCUCAGAGCUUCACCAACACAUCUACGCCAGCCGCCGGAAACAACAGCACGGAGACAUGCACGUACUCUCCAUCUGACUGCGCGGCACGCAGUAGUGUCCUGUCAUGCCAGGCACUCCACACUUCAUGGUACUCGGACCGGAACUCCUGGACGGCCUCAGUCACAACGUCAUCAUCCCCGGCCUAUUCGUACGAAUACAGCUCAGUGAUAUGGCUUGGGAAUCAAAGCACCUCGCUCUCGACCCUCUGUGAUGGUGUCCUCCGGGGAGGAAAGCCGCCCGCAAUCACGUCGACCUCAACGACCACGUUUUACGAAUACUUCCCGCAAUACCCAGUUCCCGAGCCCACGUGCACGUACGACUACAAUGCCUGCGCGCUGCUGAUAUCCGAAUACCGCGACGCACCACGGGGACCGACAGCAUCGGUGGCGCCUCGAUAUCCGGCGUGCGCGUGGGACACGGAAGAAUGCUUCAACCCCGCAGGUGCAAUUUGCCCGAUAAAAGUAGGAGAGGUAAAACUCAUCUACUGGCCGCAGUCCAAGGACCCGAGCAAGCUUUGCGCAAACAGCACGUCCGAGCUCCCCGCCUCAAUCACUGCAUCUCCCACGGGACCGCCAGUCACAACCGUCAUCGGCAGCUACACGCUCACCUCGCCCACCGUCUACCUCUCAUACCCGUACAUGGAAGCCCUGCUCUGCUGGAAGUCCUUCCGAGACAUCAUCGUGCCGCUCACCAACCCCGCCGACCUCUCCAGCAUCAGCUUCGUCUCGCCCGCGCAAUCCAGCAAAACCAUGUCCUUCAACUGGGACGACCUCAACUCGCCCGUGCCCCUCGCCGCGUACAAGGGCCAGCAGUCCUGCGUCGAGAUCUGGAACACGGUCCGCACCCCCUUCGACAACUGCAGCACCGUCUACGACGACUAUAACCCGUGGCUCGUCCUGCCGACGAAUCCGUUGGUGUACACGGAUAUCGAUCCGCGCUUCAAGAACUGCACCAGCAUACAGUACUCCAAGUACGUCAUCGAUCCGCCCCUCGCGCUGACGACGGCUGGAUUGCUUGUCCCCGAGCCGUCGUCGGCGCCACCCGUCACGUCGAGGCCUGAAGCUACAGGGCCUGCAUCUGAGACGGCCAGUCCGGCGCCGGAGCCUGCGCCGCCGACUGUGACGGCGACGACUACUCAGGCUGUGCCGGUUACGCAGCCGACGGCGGACCCGGAGGACCCUGCGGAUCCGCCUUCAGAUCCUCCAGCCGACCCUCCAGCCGAUCCAGCUGAUCCUCCAACGACGACCGGAGGUGGUGGACAAGGAGGAGGAGGCCUCGGUCCGAUCAUAUCCCAAAUCGCCUCCAGCGCCGCCGCUGGCCAGCCCAACAACCCCCCAGCCGAUGACCCCGCUGCUCCUCCAGCAAACGACAACGACCCCAGCACCCCAGCCGACCCCGGCUCCAACAACAACAACGACAACAAUCCCCCACCCCCCGUCGUGACCAUCAUCCCCGCCCCCGACCCCUCCUCAAACCCCUCAGACCCCUCAGACCCCUCCAACCCCGACAACAGCGGCAGCGGUGGCAACACCGGAGGUGACCCUGUCGUCGUUGCCUCCCCAGCAAACGACCCCGCCAACCCGGGCGCCGUCGUCGUCAUUGCCGGUCCAGCCGGAGGCGGCUCUGACCCUGCCGCCGGCGCAUCGACAACGACGACCCUCCUCCCCGGGGCCACGGGCGUCGUCCUUCCUGGCGGCGCUGGCGCGGGAUCCGGCGCCGUCACUGUCGCUGUGCCGAGUACAGGCGGCGCGGUGGUGGUGGGUGGGUCGGAGACGGUUGCGGUACCUACCGCAGCGGCUGGUGGUGCUGGUGUUACGGCUGCGGGUGGGACCGUGGGUGGGACAGGGGCGGGAGAGGUGGGCGCGGUUAUUACGGGGGCUGAUGGCGCGGUUGUGACGGCUGUGGUGGCGGGGACGGCGGAUGGGGGAGCUGGAGGAGGAGGAGGAGGAAGCGGGAGCGUGGUUGUGGUGGGGGGCGUGACGGUUACGGCUGGUGGGGCGGCGGUGACGGUGGCGGGGGUGGGGGUGGUUAGUGCUGUGAGUGGUGGUGGUGGUGUUGUGGUGGAUGGGGGGUCGACGGCGGCGUUUUCGACGAUUGGGUCUGGAUCUAGUGGAAGUGGCGGCAGCGCGGUGGUGGUUACGCUGGGCGGGGAGGUUGAGACGGCGUCGGCUGGGCCUGGGGGUAUCGUGGUGGUGGAUGGGACGACUUUGACGGUUGGAGGUGCUGCGGCGACGGCGAGCGAUGGGGUGGUGGUGAGUGCGGCGAGUGGGGGGAUAGUGGUGGAUGGGACGACGGUGCCGUUUGGGAGUUCGACAUCUUCGGGUACGGCAGGAGCUACGACGACAGGGGCUGCGGAUGAGAGUUCCUCUACUGCUUCGGGAACUUCGGAUGGAGAUUCAGCGCCAGCCUCCAGUACGAGCUCCAGUGGUGCGGCGCCUGCAUUGGGCGAUGGCAAGAUGUGGACUGUCCCAAUUCUUUUGUCGCCGGUGAUGAUCUUCUUAAGGUAA